AUCAAGAAUCCAUAAAACACGUCUGGUCAAUAUUUUCUGCUGCACCAGCACAAAAUCAGCGUCUAAUUCUACAAGGAAUUCUGAACGCAUGCUGUCUCUCACAACUAUCAUUUCUUUCAAAUAAUCUGAAAGAUUUGAUUCGCAUCGAUUUUCUCAAUGCACUUCCUAGUGAAUUAUCAUUUAAGAUUUUGUCGUUUCUUGAUGCGAAGUCGCUGUAUAAUGUUGCACAAGUUUCCAAGACUUGGAAGUGCUUGGCAGACGAUGAUGUCGUUUGGAGAAAAAUGUGUGAGCAACAUAUUGAUAAAAAGUGCACGAAAUGUGGGGUGGGUCUUCCUCUAUUGGAACGUAAGCGAAAAACUAGGGAUAAAUCUAGGGAUAAACGACUAUGUUCUAAGAGAAAUAGUGCCGAUUUAUUACCACUUCAUUAUCAUAGUUACCAUAAUGAAUCAUCCUUUCAGGGACAUUCAAAUAAAACUUUAUCACCAAGUUCUUCACCGUCAUUAUCAUUAAACGCUUCACCGUGCGCAUCAAUUCCGAAUUCCCCGGAAUACUUUACACACAAUGAGAAACGUGAGUCUAAGCGCCUUCGUGCUUUGGAUCCAACUUCUGUUUCGUUAUUUCCUCCACUGGAUAAACCGCUUUUAGGAUCAAACCAAAGACGACCAUGGAAAGAUGUCUUUAGUGAACGUCUUGCAGUUGAACAAAACUGGCGUAAAGGUCUUUAUACAUGUCGCACAUUAAAAGGCCAUGAAGAUUAUGUAAUGUGCAUGCAGUUAGAUGAUAACGGCACUCUGAUUACGGGGUCAUAUGACGCCACGGUCAGGAUUUGGAAUAUUGAAACUGGUGAAAUGGUUCGUGUUCUUAAAGGGCAUCGCCGAUGUGUUCGUGGUUUACAAUUUGAUGAUGUUAAACUUAUCACGUGUUCAAUGGAUCAGACACUCAGGAUAUGGAAUCACCAUACUGGAAAAUUGGUUCGUACCCUGGAAGGACAUACUUCCGGUGUUAAUUGUCUGCACUUUGAUGAACAUAUUUUGGUCAGCGGAUCGGUGGAUGCAGAGAUAAAAGUCUGGAAUUUCCAAACAGCAGAAUGCUUCACAUUGACUGGACACUGCGAGAUGAUUAAUAAGGUAGCCAUUUAUCAGCAGACCUUGUUAUUUUCAUGUUCCGAUGAUAUGACAAUACGUGUUUGGAACCUGAAAACACGAUCAUGCAUAAGCAAACUUGAAGGCCACGUCGCUCAAGUUCAAUGCGUUUUACCUGCACCACCAUCUCUCUUUUCUAGCCUCGUAGCAAGCACCAAAGACACAGGUCUCAAAGAUACAGGUCUCGAAGAAUGCUCAAAUCACGAAGAUGACUGCGAUAGUGUUUAUAGCGAUUACCAUGAUCACAGUAAUCUACCGAUCCUAGUAUCAGCCUCGUUGGACAACACUAUAAAAAUUUGGUCAACGAGAACUGGACGGUGUCUUCGGACACUGUUUGGACACGUAGAAGGAAUAUGGGGAUUGACGAUGGAUAAAUUACGAAUGGCUAGUGUGGCACAAGAUAGAACGGUCAAGGUCUGGGAUGUAGACACCGGAAAAUGC